AUGUUUUCGGGCUUGCUCAUCCUCUCUCUCCUGGCGGGGAACACAGCGUCGGGCCCGGUGAGCAGAGCAGAGCCUGCAGCAUCCAGGGACAUCACCACCUUUUUCCAGCUGACUCAGGAAGACGCUUGGGAGAACGUUAAUCUCACCAGCAUGUCCUGACGGAAGAACAGGACCUGGAUCACCCUGCAGCUGACCAACAGCAGCCUGACAGCUUUCCCCGUCUGCCUUCCGCAGGCCCUGGAGACCUUGGAUCUCAGCAAUAACCUCUUAGAAGAGGUGAAUGGCACGGAGGUAGCAAACCUCCCGCGGCUGCGCACCCUCUUUCUGAGGCAGAACCAUCUCCAGGCAGUUAAAUGGGGAUCUGAAGCCCUCAGCAGUCUCCUCUCCCUGGACUUAAGCUUUAAUAAGCUGUCGUCUGUGCCAUCAUGCCACAGCUCUGCCCUGCCUAACUUGAGGUGGUUGUCCCUGGCUGGAAAUCCACUGAUCGAAAUCCAACCGCUGGCUUUUUCCUGUUACCCUCAACUACAGUUCCUGAACCUCUCUGCAACGCUGCUCGGGCAGGAUGACAGCAGAGGAAUUAGGGAGUCUGCUUUUGCCAUGAGCACAUCUCCCAGUGAGGCCACAAACAGGCCCGGAAACACCAUCAACAUGCUUGAUCUCAGCGGGACCUUUCUUGAGAAAAUUCAGCCAGAGUGGACCAGAGACUUGCCCAACCUCAGAUCACUUCACCUGACAAAGAUGUCACGAUUAAGAAGCCUCGAUAUUGACUUCUUCAAGUCCAUGCCUGGUCUCCGAGAGCUGAACUGUCGAGACUCCCACUCACUGGGUUUUGUGAGGACAGAGAUGUUUGACAGCGCUCCUCAUCUGAGCCAUCUCUCGUUUGAGAACUGUAACCUGAGUUCCUUUAAUCCUUGGAAUACCAAUCCAUCGGAUAGCAUCAUCAUCAACUUGUACGGAAAUCCCCUGUUAUGCGACUGCCAGCUCUCCUGGCUGCUCUCCAAGCCCAAGAAAGUUGUGCUGCAAAGGGCUUGGGAGACUUUCUGCAACGCAUGGCAGGAAGAUUGGGGCAGACCUUCAACAUCUUUUUCACUGCUAGAGCUCUACGAUAAAUGCGAGUCUGAGAGAAACGUUACGCUGCCAGAUUCAAACACACCGUCUCCCGAACACGAUGCUUUCAGCCUUACCAGUUACAAUGCAACUACUGUAGUAACAACAACAGACUUUGCUCUGCUACCCAACGAUACCUACACCAGCUCCCUACUUCAGAGGAAUGUAAUGAGCACGAUGGCAGCCAACCCAACUGAGCCAGUGCUCACGAAGGCCAACAGUUCCUCCCACGAGGAGGAGGCAGCUUCCGAACCCACGAGCCAUCCCCCUUCCUUCGCGUCCAUAACCACCUCCCGGGGUUUUCGCAAAGAGCUCUAUAGUCACUCCUCAGAUUACGGCUCCACAAGUCAAACUGAAACAGAUCAGCUAAAGAGAGAGCUCAGAACGACCGAUGCGACGUUUCCCCAGGAAGGCCCACUCAACCAGCCCACGAGUGACUAUUCUACCAGAGCAACAGGAAACCCCGACGCCACUGACCAUUAUACCCACGCCUUUGCCACUCACGCUGGGGAAGGUACACCACAAACGAGCCUACCACAGCUGAACUCCACAAGGACCAAUGCUCGGUCAGAGCCUGCAUCCACCAGAUCACUGAUACACUUUGUAGAUGACUACGAUUACGAUGAACAGUCGAUGGAAACCCCAGUGCAAGUGGCAUACACCUCCUGCGACUACAACCCAUGCAGGCACCUUCAGAAGCCGUGCAGUGAACUUCAGAGUGCCUCCCAAUGUUUAUGUCCUGGCAUGUCGAGGGAAGAUGAGGUUCCAGAUCCACCGAGGCUCAGAGAGGUCUCUGAAGUUACAGACAGCUCUGCACAGAUACACUGGUGCGCCCCAAAUUCAGUUGUUCACACCUAUGAGCUGACGCUUCAUGCCCAAGGCCAGGAGGACAGACAGUUUGUCCUGGACAAUAUUUAUUCCACAGCAAGGCAGCACACGCUGUAUAAUCUGUUACCGUACACCACUUACCACAUUUGCGUGACUGCUUUCAACAAAGCAGGGUCAAGCCAGACAGCAAGUCAGGGAAUUCCAGAUAAUUCGUGCACCAGAUUUAAAACAAAACCCAGCUACAAGUCUGUCUUUGCUGCUCUGUCUGCAGCAAGCGGAUUCUUUCUCAUUUCCACAAUUGUUUUGUCUGUAUGUCUGUGUAAGGCAUGUAAAAAGCCUCAGAGCGAGCAAUAUGGUACGCAUUUAGUCUCUUAUAAGAACCCAGCAUUUGAUUAUCCAUUAAAACUACAAACCACUAAUUAG